AGCCCAACAAACCAGCAGGGCAUUUCUAAGCCAGGAACAUCCUCAGGAUGGACCUCGUCCUUCUCUGUGUGUUCCUGCCUCUGGUGACUGUGGCAUGGGGCCAAUAUGGUGACUAUUACUAUGGCCCCUAUAACUAUGGAGAUAAUGAUGAAUGGGUCAAUGUGUACCGGCAGGGUUUCAAUUUCCAGUGCCCACAUGGGCAGGUGAUUGUGGCCAUCAGGAGUGUUUUCAACAAGAAGGAAGGCUCCGACAGACUGUGGAACUAUGCCUGCAUGCCAGCGGCCCAGAGCCUCGGUGAGCCGACAGAGUGCUGGUGGGAAGAGAUCAACAGGGCGGGAACUGAAUGGUAUCAAACUUGCUCAAACAAUGGGCUUGUGGCUGGUUUCCAGAGUCAGUAUUUUCCAUCUGUGCUUGACCGUGAAUGGCAAUUUUACUGCUGCCGCUAUAGCCGGAGAUGCCCAUAUUCAUGCUGGUUAACAACAGAAUAUCCAGGACACUAUGGAGAAGAUAUGGACAUGAUGAUGUACACUUAUGACUACUACAUCCGUGGGGCAACCACAACUUUCUCUGCUGUAGACAGGGAUCGUCAGUGGAAAUUCAUUGUCUGCAGGAUGACAGAGUAUGACUGCCCAUUUCAAAAUGUUUAAAAGAUUGAGUGUACCUCACUUGGAAAGCUUGGGGACAGACAGGGUGGGAUGAGGCUCAGUGAUUACAGAACAGCAAUUAGGCUCACAAAAAAAUACCAAGACUCAUCAGCUGUCUGCUGAAGAUACAAUUCUUUCCCUCUGGAGCUAAUGAAUAAAUUACCAGCCCACACACUUGCAACAGCAAUUUUGGAGGAUUCCUUCAAGCUGCACUGGCAGUCGUAUCCCCCAAUUAAAAUUGAUUAUGGCAUACAGGUUUAUGAUACUCAAGUCAAUGGCAUAUGCACUAUUACCUUUUUUAUAUAAAUGUAUAGCCAUUCUGAACACUUGCAACUUUCUUUCACAUAGCAACUUUGUAUAAAUUGCCUCCUAGUACAAUCACUCAAAAUGAGGUAGAAACACACUAUAAGCUUUCCAAUGUGAACUAGACUUUCCUGCCUUCUACUUUGUACUUGGAACCAAUGCAGUGAUCCCUACCAGCUUCUCAGCACCAGUAGCUGAGAGUGUGCUGAAAGAGGCAUCAGGAGGUCUCUGAUGCAUCUGGCAUUACAUGUACAGCCCUCAGUGUAAUCCCACUGCAACAAAGGUCUGCCUGCACAGAGGAACUCCAAGUAUUUACGACACUAGAAGUAUCAAUACCUGAUUAAAUGAGCAUAGAUCCAUCAAUAAAAACAGAAGCCUAACCACCCAGCUUUACUGACAGUGUCUUUUAUACCGUCUUAAAGGUCUCUCAUGCCAUAACUAGCCAGGAGCUCUACUCUAGGCAAACCCUGGAGCAGGUCAGGCCACUUGCUCUCUCAGUAAAUACAAAUACUGCACUUGUCAGGAGUCUGCUUUUUAGGUGGAUUGUGUUUCCACCAUGGAUGCCUAAACAAAUUUCAUCUGCCCUUGUUAAUAUACUUUUGGCUUAGAAUAGACAAAUAAAGCUAAUGACUUAGGUGACCUCAGUUCCUCCAACUUGCAGACCUCAUUCCCUGUAAAGGAUUAGCUGGCCAUGCUUCAAAACUGCACAGCACUUGUGCAGCUGUAAUCCAAUAAGAAAGAAUAUUGAUUUCUUCCAGGAAGGUCAGAGGCAGGAGUUUUGCUCUUGAACAAACCAGAAUUUAGUGUUCAGUUUCUCAGCUGAUGAAGUCAGUGGCAAACUUAGCAGUGGCUUGCAUGGUGCUGGCUCAAGGGCCAUGAUGACCCUGUGCGUCAAUUUAGUUGUAACGCUUCAUAGGAAACAAGAGGUGUCAGGCAGUCAGUUUCCAUGUUCCAAGCAUUUUUAAUAUAUUUGCUAGCAUACCCUCAAGUGUGAGCAUUAAAACUACACUUGUCCAAUAAAAGUAUAAUGGGUUUUGCAUUACUGUA